AUGUCUUCCGCUAAUUACAUGUCUCCCUCUUCUUCCACAACAACUCCAACAUGGCACCAGUUCGAGCGCAAGGUCGACGAGGUGAAGCCGUCCAAGACUGAUAUCAACUAUCUAGUCAUGGAUUACCUCAUCACCAACGGCUACCCAGCCGCAGCGAAGAAAUUUGCGUUGGAGGCCAACAUCCAGCCGAAGGCAGAUAUGGAAUCUAUCCAGGAACGAGUAGAGAUCCGGACCGCCAUCCAUUCGGGUGAUAUCCAGACGGCGAUUGAAAAAAUCAACGAACUCAACCCACAGAUCCUGGAUGAGAAUCCUUCCUUGCACUUCGCGCUCCUGCGCCUGCAACUGGUGGAGUUGAUCCGCUCGUGCUCUAGUAGCCCCGAUGGAGACAUCAGCCCGGCCCUGGAGUUUGCAACCUCGCAACUCGCGCCACGAGCUCCUACGAACCCUCAAUUUCUCGAGGAUCUGGAGCGCACGCUCGCUCUCCUCAUCUUCCCGACUGAAAACCUAACCCCGUCCUUAGCUCCCCUUCUACACCCAGACCUGCGUAAAGACAUAGCCACCAGGGUCAACGAGGCCAUUUUGCAUUCCCAGGGCGCUCGUAAAGAGGCCCGUCUGCGCAAUUUAGUCAAGCUGCGCGCCUGGGCAGAACAGAAAGCUCGCGAAGCUAAGAAGGACAUCCCGGACAAGCUGGAUCUUGGUCUCUCCGAUGGUAACAACAAUAGCAAGGACGCCGGCGCCAGCCAGAAUGGCUCUAACGACACUGUAAUGAUGAAUAACGAUGACGUGGAUCCGAUGAUCUCGUGA